CUCUGCGCGGAUCGCGCGUCCCCUGCCUGACCGCGGACCCCCGCGCACCCCCGACACGGCGCGCGCUCAGAGCGCGGGAGCCCGGGGCUCCGGGCGCCUGGGAUCCCGCGGAGCCGCUGCCCAGCCCGCGGGGCUCGGCAGGGAUGCAGUCUGCGCUGUGAGCSCAGGCGCAAAGGCCAUGUCCGGCACCCGCUGCCGGACCCUUUACCCCUUCUCCGGGGAGCGGCAUGGCCAGGGGCUCCGCUUCGCCGCGGGCGAGCUUAUCACGCUGCUGCAAGUCCCGGACGGAGGCUGGUGGGAAGGCGAGAAGGAGGACGGGCUCCGCGGCUGGUUCCCGGCAAGCUACGUGCAGUUGCUGGAGAAGCCUGGAAUGGUCCCCCCUCCGCCCGGAGAGGAAAGCCAGACGGUUGUCCUUCCACCUGGCUGGCAGAGCUACUUGUCCCCUCAGGGCCGGCGUUACUAUGUCAACACGACCACCAAUGAGACCACCUGGGAACGUCCCAGCAGUUCUCCUGGGAUUCCAGCCAGCCCUGGCCCUCACAGGAGCCCUCUGCCUCCAACAGUGAAUGGAUACCACGCAUCAGGGACCCCAGCGCACCCUCCAGAGACUGCCCACAUGAGUCUCCGAAAAUCCACCGGUGAUUCCCAGAACCUGGGAUCCUUGUCACCAGGCAAAAAGCAGAGCAAGGAAAACACCAUCACAAUAAAUUGCGUGACAUUCCCUCACCCAGACACCAUGCCUGAACAGCAACUGCUAAAGCCAACCGAGUGGAGCUACUGUGACUACUUUUGGGCUGAUAAGAAGGAUCCCCAAGGCAAUGGCACGGUGGCUGGGUUCGAACUGCUGCUCCAAAAGCAACUGAAGGGCAAACAAAUGCAGAAAGAAAUGUCUGAAUUCGUCCGAGAGAGGAUAAAGAUUGAAGAGGAAUAUGCAAAGAACUUGGCUAAGCUCUCUCAGAACUCCUUGGCUGCACAGGAGGAAGGCUCCUUGGGAGAAGCCUGGGCCCAGGUGAAGAAGAGUCUGGCAGAUGAAGCAGAGGUUCAUCUCAAGUUCUCGGCCAAGCUUCACAGCGAGGUGGAGAAGCCCCUGAUGAACUUUCGUGAGAACUUCAAGAAAGACAUGAAAAAGUGUGACCACCAUAUCGCUGACCUCCGCAAGCAGCUCGCCAGCCGCUACGCGUCGGUGGAGAAGGCCCGGAAAGCCCUCACAGAGCGSCAGAGAGACCUGGAGAUGAAGACUCAGCAGCUGGAGAUCAAGCUGAGCAACAAGACAGAGGAGGACAUCAAGAAGGCACGGAGAAAGUCCACACAGGCUGGUGAUGACCUCAUGCGCUGUGUGGACCUCUACAACCAGGCCCAGUCCAAAUGGUUUGAAGAGAUGGUGACCACCACUUUGGAGCUGGAGCGGCUGGAGGUGGAGAGGGUGGAGAUGAUCCGGCAACAUCUGUGUCAGUACACUCAGCUGCGGCAUGAGACAGACAUGUUCAACCAAAGCACAGUCGAGCCUGUGGACCAACUGCUUCGGAAAGUGGACCCGGCCAAAGACAGAGAGCUGUGGGUCAGAGAGCACAAAACGGGCAACAUUCGCCCCGUGGACAUGGAGAUCUAGACACGCCUGUGCGGCCCCGGGGGGUCCUGCCCAGGAGAGGGGCUGGGGGUCCCGUGGAGAGGGGGUGGUGGCUCCCGCUCGGUGAAGCU